UGGUGUGGAAGAUGUUAAGGAGGCGAAGAGAGGGAUGCCGAGCUUCGUUUCAGCGCUGCCUGGGGCUCAUCACAUUGAGACAGAGGGAAACAGCAUGCACGCUUCUCGAGUUUCUGACCUUGCAGCACUUGAGCAGUCUAUUGGAUUUCGCAUAGAAGAAGCUGUUGAUCUAAGCAGAAAUCCUUUAUUUAAUCCAAAAUCAAGUGGCCAAUCUAUUGCUUCUGAUCCUCUACAAUUUGGUGCUUAUAGUAAGGCUCUUCCUUCUACUGAUAUUUCCCCAGCAUCCGCUAGAGUUGGGCCACUUACAGUUCCACAACAAAAGGGGCAGCAGCCUAAUCUGGUGUCAUCAUCCAGCGGUCAUAUUGAGAACUGGGGAGAGUCUACAAUGGCAGAUACCAGUCCUAGGACUGAUACCUCAACAGAUGUGGACACUGAUGAUAAGAACCAAAGGCUGGAACAAGGACAAGCUGCCAUUGCCGCAGCUUCUGACUCUAGCGACAAAUCAAAGGAUAAACUGGAUCAGAAGACACUUAGGCGGCUGGCUCAAAAUCGUGAAGCGGCUAGAAAAAGCCGGUUGAGAAAAAAGGCAUAUGUGCAACAACUAGAGAAUAGCAGGUUAAAGCUUACUCAACUUGAGCAGGAACUUCAGCGAGCACGCCAACAGGGCAUCUUCAUUUCAAGCUCAGGAGACCAGUCACAUUCAAUGGGUGGAAAUGGGGCUCUGGCAUUUGACAUGGAAUACGCUCGAUGGCUAGAAGAACACAACCGACAGAUUAAUGAGCUGAGGGCUGCAGUGAACUCACAUGCUAGUGACAAUGACCUUCGCACUAUUGUUGAUAGCAUUAUGGCACAUUAUGAUGAAAUUUUUAGGCUUAAAGGUGUGGCAGCCAAAGCAGAUGUUUUCCACAUGUUAUCAGGGAUGUGGAAGACGCCUGCAGAGAGGUGUUUUCUGUGGCUUGGGGGUUUCCGGUCAUCUGAACUUCUCAAGUUGCUUGCAAACCAACUGGAGCCACUUACCGAGCAACAGUUGGUGGGGAUAUGCAACCUACAGCAGUCCUCCCAGCAGGCUGAGGAUGCACUUUCACAGGGAAUGGAAGCAUUGCAGCAGUCCUUGGCGGAAACAUUGGCUUCUGGAUCACUUGGGCCUGCAGGGUCAUCGGGUAAUGUAGCAAAUUACAUGGGUCAGAUGGCGAUGGCCAUGGGAAAGCUCGGCACUCUUGAAAGUUUCCUCCGCCAGGCUGAUAAUCUGCGUCAACAGACCCUGCAACAAAUGAUUCGCAUACUAACAACACGCCAAUCUGCCCGUGCCCUCCUCGCCAUUCAUGACUACUUUUCACGGCUCCGUGCCUUGAGCUCUCUGUGGCUUGCUCGGCCAAGAGAGUGAGGGCUAAAUGGAUGGCUUCUGCAGACCACUCUGUUGUGCAGGUAAUGGCAUCAGGCCUAGAUUUGGUUACUAGGACAUCUGAGAACUCAUCCCUUGGUGCCUCUGGAUGAUUUAUUUAUAUUUGACCUGGGGAGCCCUUCUGUACCAUCUCCUCGUGUAGGAAACACUUGUGAAUGUUUAUUAUAUGCUAAAUUAAUUUACACGCUUUCCUGUUA